AUGGCUUUUCCAAAUCCAUCCAUGUCAGAUUCUCCACAGAGAAAGAUGGGAAGGGGAAAGAUUGAGAUCAAGAGGAUUGAAAACACAACAAAUCGCCAAGUAACUUUCUGCAAACGCCGAAACGGCUUACUCAAAAAAGCUUAUGAACUAUCUGUUCUCUGUGAUGCAGAAGUUGCUCUUAUAGUUUUCUCUAGUCGCGGCCGCCUCUACGAAUACGCCAAUAACAGUGUGAAAGCAACAAUUGAAAGGUACAAAAAAGCAUGUUCAGAUUCAUCUGGCACUGGAUCUGCUUCUGAGGCUAAUGCUCAGUUUUACCAACAAGAAGCAGAUAAAUUGCGCGUCCAAAUUAGUAACCUGCAGAAUAACAACAGACAAAUGAUGGGUGAAUCUUUGGGAUCUAUGAAUGCAAAGGAACUCAAGAAUCUCGAGUCCAAAUUAGAAAAAGGAAUAAGUAGAAUUCGUUCCAAAAAGAAUGAGCUGUUAUUUGCGGAAAUUGAAUACAUGCAGAAGAGGGAGAUAGAUUUGCACAAUAACAACCAACUUCUGAGAGCAAAGAUAGCUGAAAGUGAGAGGAACCAUCACCAUAAUAUUAACAUGAGUGUGUUACCUGGAGGCACAAACUAUGAAUCCUUGCAAUCUCAGACUCAGCAGCAAUAUGAUUCUCGCGGAUACUUUCAAGUUUCCGGAUUACAAUCCAGUAGUAGUCAGUACGGACGACAAGACCAAAUGUCCCUUCAAUUAGUUUGA